AUGUCCGACGCCGAGGGUGCCUCCCCUCGCUCCUCCGUAGACCCCGAACCCCGGCCGCUCAAGAGACCAAAGGACAGGACGUGUCCGUUCUGUGGCCAGCUCUUCACCUCCUCCUCGCUCGGGCGGCAUCUCGAUCUCUUCAUUCGCCCUGAGAAUCCAAAGGCACCCGACGGAAAGCACAAUGUUGAUGAGAUUCGGAAGAUACGGGGCAACAUAACGAGGCGGAACUUCAAGGGCGUCGUCAAGCGGGAUCCCAGUGGUGGAGCAAAUAACGCCAGUCGGAAAUCUUCAUUGACGGUAUCGAAGGCUUCGGUCGAUGCCGAGGCGUCCGGGAAGGCUGGUGGGCAAACCCCAGGGGCAAAGAGCCAGGAUACACCCAGGGAUCGGUUACGGAAAGUGAAGAAGGCGGAAUUGAAUGAGCGGCAAAGAGCCGAGGAUGAGGAAGACACAGUGAAGGCUGCAGAGUUGGCCCUGAGGGAGCUCUUGCGUAGUGUCCGGGAAGCCAGUGCGAAGGCUGCUGGCAUACACCUUUUCGACUUCGACCCGUACGAGCUCAACUUCCCCAGUCUAUGCCUUCACAUUCUUCCUGCACCGACGACCCUCUUUUCUCCGACGCCCUUUCCUACAAGCGAGUCAUGGACCCUGCAGCCUCCAGGACAGAAGCAGUUCGAAGCGUUGAAGCGUCAAGUCCAGGAGAGACUUCUUGCACAUAGCCGUCGGCGGCAGAAUAGUGAAUCCUCGCCACAAUCCUCCAAGGUAAAGCUCCCCUCCGCCAACAGCUCUCCCCUCCCGACGCCGCCUCUACUCGAACCCGACCCGCAGAGACUGUUUCGUCAUCUGACGGAUGCCUACAAUCACUGGUCAGCUCAUUCCGAUAAGCAGCGUCAGGAGGCGUGGCAGCUGGAGAUACUUCGCUCGUAUGCCAAGGCCGACCGCCAGAGACAGGACGCAGAGGCAAGUUUGGCGCUGGCCAGGCAAGAGAUCGAGGAGCUGAAGAAUCAGUUGGCCUCGUCGAAUCACAGUGACACCGCCCCAGUUCGCUUUAGUUUUGAUUGCCAAACUGUAAGAGAGCUGAGGAAGCUUGGAGCGGAAUUCCGGAACUGGGACUAUGAUCGCCUGAUUGAUAAGUGGAAGGGUGUCGUACGGGAUGAGAAGAUGUCUUCCUCUGGCAUGGCUGCCCAAAAACCAUUGCCCGACGCCGAGACAGUUGAGACCAAAGCCUGCGUACCCGCGAAAUCAGUGGCCAACGGGGCAGGACUCAGAGUGGAGAUACCCCCUAAUCCUUACGCAUCGGCCCCGACGACUACCAACUGCACCGAGGCUGGCAGUGACCACCAUAUUGAUGCGGAGGGGGAAGACGAGGAUGCCGAUGCUGACGCUGAUGCCGAUAUCGACAUCGACGGUGGUUUAUCGGAAGCAGACUCCUCUAUCCAUCACACCAACCCCGACAUCCUUCUUCAACCUUCCCCGCAUCAUCCCGCACAAGUGCAUGCAUCGCAAGUUCACACUCCGCAUGUCGUUGGCCAUGAUCCCUUCGCGCAAGCAAGCGCUCAGUUCCAGGCACAGGCGCAGGCUCAGGCGCAGGCUCAGGCACAGGCUCAGGCUCAAGCCCACGCUCAGGCGCAGGCGCAUGCGCAAGCACAGGUGCAGGCGUGGGCAGCAGCCCGCCAGCAUAUGAAUCAGAGUCGAAACCAACAUCGCCAUGUCCAUCAGCAGCUCUCACCUCAUCCCCACGGACAAUUGUCUCCGCAUCCCCUUCAACAGCUCUCGCCUCACCCGCCCCACAUCGGUUCUGCGGAGAAUAGCCGCCGCGGGUCUUAUGCCUUCCUCGACAGCCACGGCAUGCCUCAGACCAGCAUGCCUCUGGAGCUUGACACUCACCAGAACCCAUUCCUACGCCUGGGCAUUGGCCUUACUGAUGCCUUCGUGGGCUCUACUGGCGAGCCGGUCUAG